AUGCAUCUCUUCUCUCUCAUCACCUGCUUGGCAGCAGUCUCACUUGCUGCCCCAACAAGCUUCCUCGACGAUGCAUACGAUUGGUCAGAUGAGCUGGCUGACUUCUACGGAAAAGUCAGCCAGUUCAUCAGCAACGCAAAGCACAACAUCAAAUCCCCAGAUGCUUGCGAUGUCUCCAAGAUUGCUCUUCCUUCGUAUGCCUCAGGUCUACCCGGACCCACUGGCUUGAAGCCAGUCUAUGUUGCACUUGGACGUGGUACUCAGAACUACACAUGCGCCGAUUCUUCAUCCAACACCACACCAGUAGCAGCAGGAGCCGUCGCUCGACUGUACAAUGCUACAUGCCUCGCAGCCAACUACCCAAGUAUUGUCGAGAAGCUUCCUAGCAUUGCCUACAAGAUCACGCUCCCGACCAACAAAAUGGCCUCUUUACCCCCUGCCAACAUCGACCUCAUGGGACAUCAUUUCUUCUUUGAUGCAACAACUCCAGAAUUCAACCUCAACACUACACCAGAGAAGCAAGAUGGAAUUGUCAUGACCAAGAAGCAAGAUCAGAUUUCUGCGCCUUCUGAUGCUACCUCUGGGAAGUAUGGUGCUGUUGCCUGGCUCUACCUCACUACCACUGAUGGCACCAUUGGCAACUACAAGAGUGUCUAUCGAGUUGACACUGCUGCUGGAUCAUCCCCUAAGACCUGCAAGGGGCUUCCUAAGACAUUUCAAAUGCAAUAUUCUGCAAACUACUAUUUCUUCGGGCAAUGA